GGCACCCAGCAGCCUCCAGGGACAGGCAGAGAGUGGGGCUGAGAGGUUGUUGGCAAAUCACCGUUGUGCUGAAAAGUGCGUUUCCAAAGCAGGAUUUAUAGCAUUGGCUUGGCAUCGCCACCGGGCUUUGGCUGGAGAACAAAACGGUGUAGCCAAACGUGUGUGGAGGAAUGGCCCAGGGUUUGUCCCCCCUUACCCCUCACCCCCAAAUGUGGGGUGUGGGGCCCUCAAGGGGCUUGGCAGGCUAUGGGGAGGUGCAGCCCAUCCUGCACCCCCUUCUCCAUGCCCGGGCUUACGGACACCCGUCAGCCGCGGGGUGAAGCUCGGCUGUGAACGGGGGAUAAAGUGAGGCAGCUCCUGUGUUUCCUAGGCAUAUUUGGGCUCAGUGCACAUGCAAACUACCCCGAGCACAGCUGGGGAUGGGGCCAGCCCCAGGGGUCUCCAGUAGCCACUGCCCCUUGUCACUCUGUGCUGCUCGCUGGGGCUGGGGACGGCAGUUCAGGGGGCAGUGGACCGUGGCAGGGCCUUUGCCCCAUCCUGCUGGGCAGGAAUUUGCCCUGCCAAGCAACAGUGCUGGGCUCAGGGACAAGCUCACCCCCAAGCUGCCCCUUCUGCUCUCAGUGCUGUGCUUGGGGCUUGCCUGCUCGAGGGGGGACCAAGCUCCCCCUGUCCCCCAGCGCUUGUUGGCCCAUCACCCCAGCCACAUGCCCCUGGGUUCCCCCUGGAGCAGAACAGGGGCUGGGGGGGCUCUCAGGCCCCUGUCUGCCUGCCCAGCACUUUCCUGGGGUACAGGCUGGGGAGUAGCUGGCAUUCCACUGAGCACCAGGCAAGAUCUGACCCUGUCGCCUUCUCAGCGCUGGGGCUGAUCUCCAGCCCCCCCCCGCGAGUCCCUGGCAGAGCUCUGCCGCGUUCAGUGCCUUGCAAGCCCUGGGACGCAGUGUCCAGCCCUGUGCCAAGGCGUCCCCUGCCCUGGCCCCGCUGUCCCCUCCCCGUGCCCGGAAGGCCUGGGAAAAGCUCUGCGGUGAAAGCAAAGUCCAGGCUGCUGGGCUCAGGGCAGCCAUGGCCGGGCACUGCGGGGUGAUGGCAGCCGGGUUCCGAGCAAGGCUGGGCACGGGCUGCCCAUCACGCUGGCUGCAGGGCUGGCAUUUGUCACCGGGGCUGUCAGGAGCCCGGCUGGCCCAUGCCGGAGCUGCAGACCGGCUGCAGCGGGAGUACGAUGCGGUGGUGAUCGGGGCAGGGCACAACGGGCUGGUGGCAGCUGCCUACCUGCAGCAGGCAGGGGUGCGCACGGCUGUGCUGGAGAAGCGCCACGUGCUGGGUGGCGCGGCCGUCACGGAGGAGAUUGUGCCAGGCUUCAAGUUCUCCCGGGCAUCGUACCUGCUCAGCCUGCUGCGGCCGCAGAUCUACGCCGAGCUGGAGCUGCAGCGGCACGGCCUGAGAGUGCUCCCGCGGGACCCCUACUCCUUCACCCCGCUGCUGGAGGACAGGAGCCCCCCCCGCUCCCUCCUGCUGGGGCACGACAUGGCCCAGACCCAGCAGCAGAUCGCUCAGUUCUCCCAGAAGGAUGCCCAGGCUUACCCUGAGUAUGAGGCAUUCAUGGGGAGCUUGGUGUCAGCUCUUGACCCCCUGCUGGAUGUCCCCCCGGUGGAUACAGCUGCCCUGGGGCAGGGCUCCCUGCUCCAGCGGCUCAGGGCCCUGCGAGCCCUGCGGCCCCUGCUGCGGGCAGGGCUGGUGCUGGGGCGGCAGCUGCCCCGCUAUUACGAGGUGCUCACAGCCCCCAUCUCCAAGAUCCUGGAUCAGUGGUUUGAGUCGGAGCCCCUGAAGGCAACUUUGGCUACUGACGCGGUGAUUGGAGCCAUGGCCAGCCCCCACACCCCUGGCAGCGGGUACGUACUGUUGCACCAUGUGAUGGGUGAGCUGGAGGGACGGCGGGGGGCCUGGGGCUAUGUGGCUGGUGGGAUGGGGGCUCUGUCCCAAGCCAUCGCCUGCGCAGCAGCUGCCCGAGGAGCCCACAUCUUUACUGAGAAGGCAGUGUGCCACGUGCUGCUGGGCAAGGACGGGCGGGCGCAGGGUGUCGUGCUGCAGGACGGGACCGAGGUGAGGAGCAAACUGGUGCUGUCCAAUGCCUCCCCCCAGAUCACCUUCCUGGAGCUCACCCCCCAGGAAGAGCUGCCAAAGGAUUUUGUCCAACGGAUCCAGCAGGUCGACACGCGCUCUCCUGUCACCAAGAUCAAUGUGGCUGUGGAUCGGCUGCCCAGUUUCCUGGCUGCUCCCAAUGCCCGCGACGGCCGGCCCCUGCCCCACCACCAGUGCUCCAUCCAUCUCAACUGCGAGGGCACCCACCUCCUGCACCAGGCCUUCACUGAGGCCACCCAUGGGCACCCCUCCAGCAGGCCCAUGAUCGAGCUCUGCAUCCCCUCAGCGCUGGACCCAGGGCUGGCUCCACAGGGCUGCCACGUCGUGUCCCUCUUCACCCAGUACACCCCCUCCGUGCUGGCAGGCGGGCAGCCCUGGGACGAGCAGGCCAGAAACGCGUACGCGGACACAGUCUUUGACUGCAUCGAAGCCUAUGCCCCGGGGUUCAAGGCAUCCGUCAUCGGCAGGGACAUCCUGACGCCACCAGACCUGGAGAGGAUCUUCGGGCUGCCCGGCGGGAACAUCUUCCAUGGAGGGAUGUCUCUGGACCAGCUGUACUUUGCCCGGCCGGCACCAUCCUACUCAGGCUACCGGUCCCCAAUUCCUGGCUUGUACCUGUGUGGAAGUGGAGCCCACCCCGGAGGAGGAGUGAUGGGAGCAGCGGGACGCAAUGCUGCCCAGGUGGCCCUCGAGGACUUCAGGCAGCUGUGAUGGCAGUGGUGACACCAACUUUGCCUGUGCAGGGUUGUGGCUGCAGUGAACCGUGCUGUCCCAACACAGAGCUCUGCCCGUCCCCAACUUGCUUCCUGGGCACUGCAGGGCAGCAGCAUCCCCUGAGAGCCAGGGGGUGCAGGCUGGCAGGGUCCCUUGUGCUCCCAGCUGCCAUUGUCCUCUUGAACACACAGCUGCUCCCAGCCCACUGCAGCCCAGCCUUGCCCGGGUGGCUCCUGGGCACCGGGCAGCCAUGGCGAGCCUCACUCAGCCCCCACCUGCACCCAUGGAAAUAAACCUCAUCCUGGGCUCUUCUUC